UGCUAUAACAUACACUCGUAUUUCAAAAUGCAGCAAACUUAUUUGAACGUGUCAACAAGGUGAUAACUCGGUAAACAAUGAUAAAUCUAAUCUUCAUAUUACUAAGUUGUUAACCCGACAUGAAAUCGAAUAUAGUGACACACAUACUUCACAAUAUCACAUGACAAAAUUUCUUAAUUAAUAAUACAAUCACAUGCAUUAUUAGCGGAAAUCAUUUAUAUAAAAGUGAACAAAAAGUUAGGAGAAAAUAAACUUUUCUACGAUGCCUGAGAAAAUUAAGUCAGUAUCUGUGUGUCUGGAGGGACAAAAGCAGGUCUACCACCCCGGUGAUGAGGUAAGAGGGUAUUGGACAUUGACAUCAGAAAAAGAGUUCACUACCAAAGGAAUACUUUCAACGUUCCAAGGAGUAGCUUUUGUUAAAUGGACGGAGUAUAACUGGAAUAAAAGAUUUGAAGACGACGAAUAUAUUUCCUACGAGGUGUAUUGUAAAAAUACCGUUCAAUUACAUGGAAGAGGUGAUACGAGCGAAAACAUACAACCAGGAGUCUACAAGUACCCUUUUAAAUAUAGAAUUCCGUUAAGACUACCAUCAUCAUUUGAGGGAUCCAAGGGAGCCAUUCGAUACAUGAUACAAGUCCGUAUUCGAAGACCGAUACCAUUUCCAGAUGUAACUCGAUAUAAAUGCAUCACUGUAUUGGAAGAGAUUGAUGUCAACGAAGCUUGCUAUAAGAAUCCACGAUGUUAUAAAAAAGAAUGUCAGGUACCAAAAGCUUUAGGUUUUGGAAAUGCUGGAAAAGUAGAAUUGUGGGGAAAGAUAGAUCGCUCAGCAUACUGUCCAGGAGAACAAAUUGCACUAUCUAUUGUUGUAAAGAAUGAUUCUACACAGAAUCUUGGAAAGAUUAAAGCACAGUUAAUGCAGUAUGUCACAUUCAUUGGGAACGCCAAAGAGGAGUAUGCAAACACUAUUAUUAAAGUCGUAACCUCAAGCUCAGAACUAGUAGCGAGUAAAGUCAUAAAAUGGGACAACCAAUUGAUGCUUAUAGAUGGAAUACCAGCUACUAUUGAAAGACCAACAUGUCAAUGCAUCAGUGUAAGAUAUAUACUCGAGGUUAUUGUACCCGUGCCCCUUUUCACUGGAAGUGAUAUGAAGUUAAUCUUCCCAGUUACCAUAGGAACGGUUCCAUUCGGAAAGUCUCUUAAGACAACUAGUCAAAGCCAAGCUGCUGGCAUUCAAGUUACUGAUGUAUCAAAAGCCAUUACAUACACUAGCUGUAACAAAGGAUGGAGGCCAUUCAACCAGUCCUCGACAUCUAGGAAUUUUCCAAAUAUAACCUACACUCCAAUGUGUGCUUAUGCAGUAAAUUACAAAUAUAAAAAUAUAACUACUGCACCAAAACCGAAGCAGAAUGUAACAGCUUCGGCAAAGUCUAAUGCAGCGACAAAUACACCAUCAAAUGUUGCUUCUGCAACUCGUCCAUCUACUAACCCCUCUACACAAGCUACAAAAACUUCAACUUCGUCCCAGACUCAAACUGCAUUGACACCAAAUACAAUUGUACGAGGAACUAACUCUUCAACUCCAACGCCAUUACAACCUUCAGCUCCACCGCUAGGAGCACUCCCUAUACAAACUGGUGCACCCGGAACAGGACAACAACAACCAUCAACGAACAAUAGAGCAAAUGGUGGCACUGUCAGUGCAGCUGCCAACAACCAGGUAGAGGGCAGUAUAUCACCACCGUCGUAUGAGGAGGCUAUGGGCUUACCAGAUUCAAGUGUAAAUAAUAAUUCAGAUGAUGAAGAAGAAGAUACCGGAGUCUGGUAUAUGAUAAUAAGGUUUUCAAAAGAAAUAAUGGAAGAUUUUCUAACAUUUUUGACAAAUAACAAGAAACUUCUGGAAAUUCAAAAUGGUCGCCCUAUUUUUAAAAGUAUAAAACCAUAUAAAUCUAUUGGUAAUUGGCCGAAAGGAAAACACGUUGUGCUUAUAAGUUUCCCGUCUAAAAAGGAAGCAUCUGAUUGGUUAACGACUUCUCCUGGUAUCCAAGAAACAAAAUGGUUGAAAAAUUCCGAUAUAACUGUAACUGGUGUCAAAGAACAAUUCCAGUCAGGAAAGACAAUGGUUACUAUAUCCGAGAUUUCAAUGAUUGAAGAGAAUGUAGAGGCUGUCACUCGAUAUAGAAACUUAAUCGAAAAUAUACUCAGACCUUUAAGAAUUGCUCAUGGCGGAAUUCUAAGUGUUAAUACACCAAACUAUGAGGUACUUCAGGGAACAUGGAGGACAGGAGCAAAGUCCAAACUUAGUAUCAUGGCUUGGCCUGGUUUAACAGCAGUGAAAAAUUACAAAUCAAGUAUUGCAGAACUUCAAGCAGUUAUAGAUGAACUUAAACCAAAGUGUAUGGUCAUUCACAAUUCAGCCACAUUUGAUAUUGCCGAUAUAUCUACGGAGGACUCACAGGGAGAAGAUACAACGUCCACUUCAUAGUCAUUUAUAUUUACACAGUGUCCACUUCAUAAUUAUUAUUUACACAUUGUAUGCUUUACGUUAAUUAAAAACUAUGUUAUUUUAUA